AUGGGAGCUGGGCGCAAGCUCAAAAGGCUUCGUAUCAACCAGAGGUGGGCUGACAAGCAGUACAAGAAGUCCCAUCAGGGUAACGAAUGGAAGAAGCCUUUUGCUGGUUCUUCCCACGCCAAGGGUAUCGUUCUUGAGAAAAUUGGUAUUGAGGCUAAGCAGCCUAACUCUGCUAUCCGUAAGUGUGCUAGAGUGCAGCUUAUCAAGAACGGAAAGAAGAUUGCCGCUUUUGUUCCCAACGAUGGUUGCUUGAACUACAUUGAGGAAAAUGACGAGGUGUUGAUUGCUGGGUUUGGUCGUAAGGGACAUGCUGUGGGAGAUAUUCCCGGAGUCAGGUUCAAGGUCGUUAAGGUUUCUGGUGUCUCACUCUUGGCCCUCUUCAAGGAGAAGAAGGAGAAGCCAAGAUCUUAGACGACGCUUUAAGCUUUAAGUUAUUUUGAUGCUAUAAUCACCUUUUGUUAGUUCAGUUUUUAAAACUCUUAUGUUCUGUUCUAUGCUACUGAAACAUGAAUUUGAUGUGUUUAAACACUUUUUCAAAUAAUCUUUCCUU